UCCCUGGCCCUGCCACCGUGCGCCCUUGGAGAGCGGGCGCAGGUGCGUAAAAUGGAGAGGGGAAGGGGGUCCUUCUCCCCCCCAAAAAAGACUACAGUCAGCUCAGCGGCAACCUGGAAGAAGGCUUUUCUUUCUCUCCUCCCCCCCAGCUAGCCCCCUCCCUGUCUCCUCCCCCCCUCAAAAAAAAAUCCAGAGCUGCCGCAGAAGCAGGGCUAUAUUAGGAAAGUGACCUCCGGGGUUGCAUUGCAGCGCCUCGCCUUCUAUAGCCGCCGCAGAGCCGAGGAGGAGCUCCGGCCUCGGCCUCUCUUCUGCCGCCCCCCCCUUCUCCUCCUCGGGCCCAUUGAGAAUUUUUCUUUUUGGACCUUCCUUUCCCUCCCCCCUCUCCAUUCUCGCAAAGCAGAAUCUGGAUCCCCGGAGGGGGUCUCGUCUUCGCGCAAAGAGGUUCUGGGCUGUCCCCCUCCGCGUUCAUACGAUCAGAAAAAGUAUCUGUCCACCAUGAGCCGACGGGUGGUGCGUCAGAGCAAAUUCCGGCAUGUGUUCGGGCAGCCGGUCAAGGCCAACCAGAUGUAUGAAGACAUCCGGGUCUCCAAGGUGACGUGGGACAGCUCCUUCUGCGCCGUCAACCCCAAGUUCCUGGCCAUCAUUGUGGAGUCAGGCGGUGGGGGUGCCUUUAUGGUGUUACCCUUGGCCAAGACAGGCCGUGUGGACAAGAACAUCCCCUUGGUAACAGGGCAUACGGCCCCUGUGCUGGACAUCGACUGGUGCCCCCACAAUGACAAUGUCAUCGCCAGUGCUUCUGAGGACACGACAGUCAUGGUCUGGCAGAUCCCGGACUAUAUCCCUGUGCGCAACAUGACGGAGCCAGUCGUCACCCUCGAAGGGCAUUCCAAGCGUGUGGGAAUCCUUUCUUGGCAUCCCACGGCACGCAACAUCCUCCUGAGUGCAGGGGGCGAUAACGUGAUCAUCCUCUGGAACGUUGGCACCGGGGAGGCACUCCUGUCUCUGGAGGACCUGCACACCGACCUCAUCUAUAACAUCUGCUGGAACUACAACGGCAGCCUGAUUGUGACCACCUGCAAAGACAAGCACCUGCGGAUCAUCGACCCCCGGCAGCGCCUGGUUGUGGCAGAGAAAUUCAAGCCCCACGAAGGCGCCCGCCCCGUCCGGGCCAUCUUUAUGGCCGAUGGCAAAGUCUUCACCACCGGGUUUAGCAAGAUGAGCGAGCGGCAGUUGGCCCUGUGGGACUUGAAGAACUUCGAGGAGCCCAUAGCCCUCCAGGAGAUGGACACGAGCAAUGGAGUUCUCCUCCCCUUCUAUGACCCCGAUUCCAGCAUAGUCUACCUGUGUGGCAAGGGGGACAGCAGCAUCCGGUACUUUGAGAUUACAGACGAGGCCCCCUAUGUCCAUUACCUGAGCACUUACAGCAGCAAAGAACCCCAACGAGGAAUGGGUUUCAUGCCAAAGAGAGGGCUGGAUGUCAGCAAAUGCGAAAUUGCUAGGUUUUACAAGCUGCACGAACGCAAGUGUGAGCCCAUUGUGAUGACUGUUCCACGAAAGUCCGACCUCUUCCAAGAUGACUUAUACCCUGACACGCCCGGUCCUGAGCCAGCGCUGGAGGCUGAUGAGUGGCUGGCAGGAAAGGACGCGGAGCCCAUCCUAGUGUCGUUACGGGAUGGCUACGUCCCUGUCAAGAACCGGGAACUCAAGGUCACCAGAAAGAAUAUCCUAGACAGCAGACCUCCCACGGGGCCACGACGAAGCCGAUCUACUUGCGACUCUAAUUUUUCGCACUCCACCCUGGAGGAGCUCCUGGAAGAGAUCCAGUCCCUGCGGCAAACUGUCCGAGCCCACGAGAAGCGCAUCUCUGACCUAGAAAACAAACUGUGCCAGUUCACCAAUGGGACGGACUAGCGUGUGUCGUUCCCCCCCCCCCGCCACAUCGGCCUUGCCUAGGAUACCUGCCCCCUCCUCCUCCAGAGACCCAGAUUCUGCCUCGUUCUGCAUCUUUCUCUUGUGGGUCAGCAGACUUUGCAGUGUGUGUGUGUGUGUGGAGGGAGCACCUACUGGAAACAGCCCUCUGCCCGGACACCCCCCCUCUGUUAGCUUGGACUUUAAUCUCAGUCGCUUUGGAGUGACAAGCAGGGCCUUUUCAGGGAGAAGAGCAGGCGCAGAAGACAUCUCUUGGGCCCCUGCCCCAGAGAGGCGUGCCAGAGGGGCGAUGCUUUGACCCCUCCAGAGGUCAUUCCGCUCCUCUUGGCAUCCAGGGACCCCAGAGUGGACCUGCCCACCACCCUUUCUACCUCAGCCUUCCCUCUCCUUGCAAGGAAUGGACACAUUAUUUUUUGGGGAUGGGUGGGAGUGUUUCAUGCCACAUGCUUGGGGUGUGUAUGUUUUGGGGUGCAGUGAGUAGGACAGCUGAACCUUGAGGUUUGGCGCCAUUGCAGACUAGUCCAGUUCUAAUGAAGGUGGAGGCGGUGGGUGGGUAAGGGAAAGGGGCAAGUAUUCUUGGAGGGGAGCAAGACCCUGCAGGCAGGGGAAAACGUUGGCUGGGGGGAAGUCGCCGUGCUGGAAAGGGCAAGAUGUUCUCUUGGAGCCGUGAUGGUGGGUGCGCUCGCUCCUUUGUGGAAGGGGGAGUGCAAGAGAGCAAUACAGGGGGGUAUCUGUCUCCUGCCUGUGGGGAGGUGUGGGGGGGAGCUGUAUGUAUUCUACACACACACACACCUAGACUGGACAAAGUCCCUCAUGGGAUAUUGCUCAGGCUUGUAACAAUAUGCCAAGGAAUUGGGGGAAUCCCUGGAUUUGAGCAGGCAGAGGACCCCCCCCCAACGCUUGCAUUGCAAGGCUGCAGCCUCUCUGGUGCUGAGGAAACCGAGGCAGAAGGUCCAUCGCUCAUUUGCAAAUGCUGAUUAAAAUAUAAGUGCAGUUAAAGGUG